AUGAGUUCUAUUCUGCAAUACAAAAGAACGGAAGUCAUUGGAAGAGGUAAAUUUGGAGUUGUUUACAAGGCUUAUCACAAACAGACAAAAGAGGUUUAUGCUAUAAAAGUACUUAAUCUAGACAGCGAAGAGGAAGACAUUGUUGAUGUCCAACAAGAGAUACAGUUUUUAACCGAAUUGAAAAAUGUUCCUAAUAUAACACAUUACCAUGGUUCUAUUCUCCAAGACACUAAGCUUUGGAUAAUUAUGGACUACUGCGCUGGUGGGUCCUUGAGAACGCUCUUGAAGGCAGGAGUCAUUGAAGAGAAGUACAUUGCAGUCAUCACAAGGGAGUUGUUGUUAACAUUGAGCGCAGUACAUAAGAUGGGAGUGAUACAUCGUGAUUUGAAAGCUGCCAACGUACUCAUAUCGAAAGAAGGAAACGUGCAAUUAUGCGACUUUGGCGUGGCGGCAAAGAUUCUGUCAAACGCACAGAAAAGAACAACUAUGGCGGGAACACCUUAUUGGAUGGCGCCUGAGGUGAUCAAAUCAGGAGAGACUUAUGAUAGCAAAGCCGAUAUAUGGUCAUUGGGCAUCACUAUAUACGAGAUUGCCACAGGCAACCCACCAUAUUGUGACAAAGAUGCAUCGUGGGCUAUGCAACUAAUAUCAAAGGCGACUCCGCCCAGACUUGAGGGAAGGGAAUACUCGCCAGCAUUGAAGGAGUGCAUUGCUUUGUGUUUAGAUGAAAAUCCAGAAGAGAGACCGACAGCUGAUAGCUUGUUUCGGUGUAAACUAAUAAAAGCAUACAAAGGUUAUUCAACAAAUAUUCUCAAAGAAGUUAUCACAAGGUAUUUGAUUUGGAGAGAGCGAAAUUCUUCAAGGGACUCUGUUUUCCUUAAUUUAGAGAACGAGAAAGAGGAUAGUAUUGAUGAGAUUGUUCUGAGCAAACUUUCCGGAUUCAACGUUAAUGGAUUUAACGAUGGCAAUGAUCAGAUACAAGUUAAAUGGGAUUUUGAUUCGCUUGAGUCUAAGGAAUACAUAAUGGAGAAUGACAUUGAUUUGAGCAAAAUAGAUUAUAACAAUGAAACCCAAAAUGAAGAAAAUACUUAUCCAACGUUGACCACAUUGAAAACUGAAACAUCAACAGUUGGUAGAAACAAUAGCACAAAGACUUUGAGCCGUCAAGGAAACACCACUACUGCCAAAUCGACAGCAGACAUCCCUAGAUCUUUACAAAUGUUAUUUGAAGACCCAGACGAGAACCGAAUCAAUCACACGAUUCUCACUGCUCCUUCGAUGUUCAAUAACCUGGACAACGGGACUGAGUCGCCUACAAUUGAAAUACCCGAUAUGGAAGCAUUAUCGAGCUUUCCUUCAUCAUCAACGCUUAUCAAUCACCAUUCUGUGUUGAAUAAACCACCAGCACUACUCCACACACAGUCUGCAUCUGGCAUGUUAGAAUGCCGUUAUACACAAUCGAAUACUUCUCCCAUAGAGAAUAGGCCCAGGAAAAAGACAAACUCAAGCACGAUGAGCAUAUCGACCUCCUCUGCUUUGUCGCCUUCCCCCAAUGGAGCUGCUCCACAUACACCUCCUUAUACAACUCACAACUCGAUACGAACGCCGUCACCAAAGCCUCCUACGAGCUUAAGUCUUCUGAACCUAACAGGCGGUGUUUCGAAAUCCGGUUCACCUUCAAAAAUGAAAGUCUUACAAAACAAUUCUAAUCCCCUUUUGCAACCAAUAAAUUUCAAAUCCGGGGGAGGCGAGGGUCCAAACAAACCAACAUUGUCGUUAUCAUCAUCAUCGCAUCCGCCAACGCAAGCGCCUCCAACAUUAAUUCAGCAGCAUUCAAUGCCUGUAUUACCACAGCAGAAUAGUCACUCCCUCCCCCCUCCCACUUCUUCUUCUUCUUCUUCUUCUUCGGGGCAAGCAGCAUUAAAUUUCAAAACAAGGAGAAACAAGCCCGGCUUUAUUCAAAUGCCAACGCCAUCUACAAGUCUCAAUACCCUUGCUGCUCUAACAGACGAUCACCGAGACGACGAAAAUGUUAACCAGUUUGGUAUCAAUCCGGCUCAAGCGGCACAAAUGUCAGUUUCUAUGACACCAGUGACAGAAAAGGAGCCACUACAGUUUCCUAUUAAAAAUGAUGGUCAAGCUGAAAGAUCAACUUCAUUGAAGGAGUCUACGUCUGCGUCUGCUCCUCCGAUCACUGCAGGUAGACCGCAUCAGAAUAGCAUUCUGGCUCAAAAGAAAUCACAGCCUUCUCCAUCCAAUUUGAAUACCAGUUUACCUAAUCCGCCCUUACAUACUAACACGAGUCUUUUACUGAGCAAGGUCACGGGUUUGACUCAGCAAUCGACAACAAAUGGUGUGUCAACGGCGCCUUCAACUACUUCUACUAGUAUUAGUAGUAGCAAUACCACUGCUACAGCACCUGCUGCUACUUCUACCACUGCUGCUACAACUUCCACAAAUACUGCUGCUGCAACUGCCGCAACUGCAGCUGCAAUUACUGCCGCUGCUGCUGCUUCUACUACUACUUCAUUUCCCUUAGUACCGACUUUCAAGGGAGAUUUAUUUGUUGACUCGACUACUAACAAAUCCAAAUUGAUAUAUGAACUAGACACAAUCAUUAAAUUAUUCAACCAAGGUUUAGACGCUUUAGAGGAGAAUUUAUAG